UAUAUUUCAUAUGGAUCUCCGUCGCAUCUUCUUCCAUAUCUGAAAACCCUAGGUAGGGUUUCUGAAGAUCUACUCUCUCCCUUUCAUUCUCUGAGAUUUUCUUCCGCCAUGGAAGCUCUGCCUCGGAUCUCCUCUCCUUCUUCCUCUCUCUGAAGCUGUUGAGCAGAGUUCUCAGUUGGAAGCAGGAAGGACUCAACGGCACAACAUCUGAAUUUUGGCCAUUGGGUUCUUUUGGGUUUUCCCUAAGAGAUUUGGUAGGAGAUCAUUAAGAGAGGAGGAAGAAUGUCCAGUGGAAGGAACACACACUGGUGUUACAGAUGCAGGCGACCUGUUCGCCUCAGAGGACAAGAUACAGUUUGCCCCAAUUGCGAUGGAGGUUUUGUGCAAGAACUCAGCGAGAUGGAAGGCAUUGCUCCUCGGGAUUUCGUAGACUCGGAUACCAAUGGCAAUAGAGAUGAGAUAUUCGGGCUAAUGGAAGCGUUCUCAGGUCUGCUGAGGCAGCGGAUGGCUGGUAGGAAUCGCCACACUGAUGAAAGGGAGAGAUCUGAUCUGGUUCGUGGGCAAGGGAUUGGAUUUGGUCCUAAUCCUUGGUUGAUUUUCCGUGGACCCCUUCGGAUGUCUGAAGGCGGUGGGAUUGAGGUUCUGUUGGGUGGGAGUCAAGGUAUCAGAGUUAAUGACCACGUCAUGGGCAUGGGACUGGAUGAACUGAUUGUUCAGCUGUCUCGGAAUGAUAGACAGGGAUUUGGUGACUACUUCAUGGGCACAGGGCUGGAUGAACUGAUUGAACAGCUGGCUCGGAAUGAUAGACGGGGGCCACCUCCUGCUUCUAGGUCUUCCAUUGAUGCAAUGCCCACGAUAAAAAUUUCUCAUAGUCAUCUGCAUGUAGACUCGCAUUGCCCUGUUUGUAAAGAAAGAUUUGAGUUAGGUGCGGAAGCACGGGAGAUGCCAUGCAACCAUAUAUACCAUUCUGACUGCAUCAUCCCUUGGUUGGUUCAGCACAAUUCUUGUCCUGUCUGCCGCCUUGAAUUGCCGCCACCAGGCUCUAGUGGUGCUCAUACAAGGUCAACCAAUUCAACCAAUCAAAGUUCCAGCAGCAGCAGUGGUGGCAGUAGGAGCAAUGGUUCAGGUAAUAGUGGCAGUAGCAGAGACAACAAUGGAGAGGGUCUGGGGCGGCGUAAUCCACUCUCCUUCCUGUGGCCGUUUCGUUCAUCAAACUCAAAUUCUCACCACAGCGAAUCCGUGGGAAACAGUCCACCGCCAAUGAACGAAGAUCGUCACCAGAUGAGUUAUUCUGGGUGGCCUUUUGAUUCCUAAGUUCAUGUCUUUAGGUGCUGUUGUGUGCUGUUUGUUUGUGGUCUUAUUUCACUCAUCAUCUCCAACUCAAAACUUAGUAAUAUGCUCGCCUGGAGUGGAAGUGGUGCAGACUGUCUUGCCCACAGACCGUAAUUCGAGGUGUGCGUGUUCCUAUCCUUAAUGUAUAGGUUUUUUGCAUUGCUUCUUCCUUGAUAGGUGCCAAAAACUUCUCUUUUAAUUGCUUUGCCUUUAUGUAUAGGUUUACCCUGUUUUAAUAAAGUGUCAGUAAUAUAAAUGUUAAAAAAGAUACAGCCAAAGCCCAAACAAACAUCUACACUUGGUGGCAGUCUGAGCCGUUCAUCAGGUGGGCCCCCCCUGGGUAGAUAUCUAACCCAAGAGUCAGGCCCAUUGACCUGUCGGUUGGGAUGUUUGCAACGCACAUGCAGAUGUCUUGUAGAUUCUGCACAUCUAGUGGAUUGUUGGCAACUGUAUUUGUUGAUUCUGUGUGUCAUUCCUGUUUUUUGGCCACCCUGACAUUUGGGCCAGGUCAUCUGCAAAUUGUGGGCCACCUAAUGCAUGGCUCAGAUGUCUGCAACACACAUGCAGAUGUAGGGUACAGCAAGGCUCAUGAAUGGCUAUAGUGGUUGAUGUCGAAUGAUUUGCAUCCUUGUGUUUGCUGUUAGUGCCCAGGUUCUUUUUUA